AUGGCCGCCACCGGUCUCCAACUCCCUUUGAAUCCCAACCCUGGAGCGCGGGUCGCCCAGUACCAAUGCUCAGACACCCUGGAGGCGGUGAGGGACCAAGAGGAGGAGGCAGUGGUUCAGCCUGUGUGGGCGUUAGCUAAUUUUCAUAACAUCUUGCCUGUGGUGGGUGAUCCUAGAAACUAUGAGGACUUGAGCAACUUCACUGUCGCUUACCUCUCCAAUCAGGAGUAUUUCAGGAAGUUAGAAGAGCUGAAGGCUGCCCACGCAGAAACUAUGGUGAAAUUACAGGAAAUGCACCACAAUCAGUUACCUCUAAAAGAAGUUUGGCCAGCGAUCAUUCGAAAAGACGGUUCCAGAUCUGUAUGGGAAAAGAACUGCCAUUACUCCAUAAUGACGUGGCUUUCAGAUCCCGAACUAGGCUGGUCUUCUUCCUCCUGUAUAUUUUCCUCUGAGGAGGACUGGUCCAAUCCAGGGAAAGAGCACCCUGCAGAAACCAGAGUGAUGCCCUACGCUAAGGAGCUCAUCCACAACAUGUGGAACAAAUUCUAUCUAAGAGAUUACAUGCAGGCUGAAGAUGUCCACCACCAAGCAGUUGAAAAACCAAACAGAGCCCGUCAAAAAUGGGUGCCAAGACUUACAAAACCUGAGCCUUUUCAAAUGACAAUCCGAGAAGAGAAGAGAAAAGACAUGAAAGCAAAUCUGGAAACGGUAGCUAAACUGCUCCAAAAGCCAGAAGAAGACCCCGAGUGUAAGAAGAAAUUCCGAGCCACUCCGGUUCCCGCACAUAUCUUGCUUCCCCUUUAUCAUAAGAUGGUCAAGCAAAACGAAGAAAGGAGGAGGAUCGCGAAGGAGAAAAACAUGGAAUUGCUUCUGGCUUCACAAAAGCCUUUUAAGUUUAUUAUGAGAGAGGAACAGAAGCGGGCAGCCCGAGAAAAGCAACUCAGAGACCUUUGGAUGUCUAAAAAGAAAACAAACAGAUUUAAAGCCAGACCGGUACCUCCAGUGGUUUACAGUUCAGCUACCAGCCACCUGAAGAGGGACAUCAGCACACAGGUGGGAGCCCCAAAGCUCUUACACAGUUCAUCCCCUCUGCCCCGGAAGGCAACUUCCAGACGCUGGGGGAACCCCAGGUUUUCUGAACAGACUGUCUUAAAGUACAAGCAUCAGGUUAGGAGCCAGAUGUUUGAUGAUUUUGAAGAUUUCCAGAAAUACCCCUCAGAUCCCAAGUGCCCAGCAUUCCGACCAUUUGAUGCUCACACAUCCUCUAAGCUUGCUAACAGAGAGGAGAUGUGGGCAGACAUCACAACAGAUGAAGCAGAUGUAGAAGAAACUUGUUGGUCUUAUCUGUCUCCAAGACGUGAGUCACUGGUGAUAAGUGCCAGUACUAAGUCCACACCUUGUCACUGCAGCCUCCCUGUGCCCAUGGUAUCUUCCAAGGCACAAAGAAAAGCCACUACGAGGUCACUCAAGGAAAAGAAAAUGUUGGAAGAAGAGAGAAAUCGGAUUCUAGCUAAGCAAAGACAGACAGUGAAAGAACUGGAGAAACUCCUGGUCACCCAGGCUGAAGAUCACGAUUCACAUCCAAGGUUGGCUCAGGUGUCUAAGUCCAGGAUUACAUAUCUCAAAAAGAGUGGAAAGACAAGCCUGAGACAGCACUGA